UGUGAAUAAGGUACCUGGGUAGCUAUUAAGAGCGCAUAUUCGCAGACUAGGUAUUGUUAACACCGCUCCUACCUGCCGAAUUUCGAUUCUGACGCCCUCUCUACCCAUGGCUGCCCCUCCAUUUGCGGGAUUUCCUCAAGCGGAUGUUCGCCGAAAGAUACUCCCUCGAGAAUGGGAGCUGUACCUCCGUUCUUGUACCUCAUUAUCAGAGUUAUAUCUUCGUUUCAACAAUGAAGAUUUUUCCUCUACGCUCACCGAGACUGGAUCCUUGCCACUUUUCCUUAUCUCAUUUUUCAAUGCGCUGACAGACGACAACACACUUGGGUCAAGCAUCAAUACUCUGCGAAAGAAAUGCUUCCUGUUGAUUCAUAGGAUAUAUUCCGGAAAUAAGAUACCUUUGGCUCUUUUAUCGUGGACCACUCUCGCAGACAUCUGUCACGCAUUUCCUAGGAGUGAUCAACUCCGAUCCCUCCUUCAGAGCCUCUGGAAGCGGAGAAGUAGUGAUAUCGAAAAGGGGCUGCAAAUGGUGAAGGCCUCUCUCAUUAAAACGCUAGACUCGAACAAGUCCAAGGAUGCCGAGGACCUCCUCAACAAACUUGGGCCUCUGUUCAAAGCGUCUUCCGAUGCUGCCAUGUUCAUGCUCACCGGAUCCGACUUUUUGGAUUCUCUGUGCAAUGUGUACUCCAAAGUGUCCCCGCAUACGCAGAAAAAGCUAGUUGCAACAACGUACCUUGGGCUCACGGCUUUGCUCGAUGGGCCAAAGCCAAAUUACUCUCUACUAUCGGAUCAUCUGUACAGUAUCAAGGCUAGUGCGGAACAGGAGCAGAAAUCAAACACCACGAAGACGACUUUCCUAACGGAUCUUGUUACCAACACUCCCUUCUUGAACAAAAUAAGGGACAGCACAACAAAUGCUGAGGACGCAAGAGUCAAGAACAUCGCAGUGUCCCUUAGCGUCUUCCGCCAAUCUAGCACUGCCCGACCAAAGAAAUUGAUCCGGCGAAAGGUGAACAAGGGGAAGGGGAAAGCCAAGGACGAUGAAUAUGGGCACGGAGCAUUUGGGGAUGUUCAUGUUCAUCGCAUGAGCUUGGUUAGCCAGAUACAGGAUCUCUUCGCAGAUCUUGGCUCGGGCUUUGUAGUCAAGUUGCUUGAUGAGUACAACGACAAUGUUGAGGAAGUCACGGCACACCUUCUUGAAGAUAGUCUACCUCCACGUCUCGCUGACGCUAAUAGGAGUGAGCAACUGCCGACUACUGCGUCAAGCUCACAUCCACAUCUCACCCCACGAUUCACUCCACCUCUCCUACCCCAACGCCGGAACGUCUUCGACAACGAUGAUUUUGAUAAGCUUGCAGUCGACACUUCCCGUCUCCACAUCGGCCGUAAGAACGAGGAACUUACAGCCGACAACAUCCUUUCCGACCGCAGCAACGCUCCGAACAAAUCCGCUAUUCUCGCCGCCCUUGCAGCAUUUGAUUCCGACGACGACGAGCGCGAUGAUACGUACGAUGUCGAAGAUGUCGGCGGCACUGUCGACUCCGCAAUCUCAGGCGCCGAUGAGGUAGACGCUGGUCUAAGGGACAAGAACGAGGAGGCCUUGUUUCGUGCCUACUCUACGACUCCCGAAUUGUUUGGCCGAGACGCUGGAACGAGGAGGGGAAAAGCAAGAGCAGGGCUAAAGAGUGAAACUGGCAUGACCGAUGAAGCGAUUGAAGGGUGGGGAGUCAUGAUCGGGCGAGAUCCGAGACGACUUCGACGUCUCGAGGCGAAGUUCUCUACAUUCUCGGGUCAGCAAAGAGAACUAGGAUCCACCGCUUACAGAACAAGUCCAGCAGAAUCAGGAGAGGAAGCAAGUGGGGAUGGUCAACGUGGCAGCCGAGGCGGCUUCUCUGGGAGAGGACGUCCUCGCGGACGUGGAAGAGGGGGGGGAAGGGGCGGUGGGAAUGUUGCAGGACCGUCAGAGGACAAGUCAACUCAGGUCUCGCGGAACAGGAAAGAAGCCAACAAGGGGUCGCGAGCGAACCACAACCGUCGGGAUCAGAGAGCGAGAAAGGUUGCUAGAGCAGGCUUUCCGGGGUAGACGAGGAAAUGCAGCAUGAAGUGAAUGAGCUAGGGAGUUAUUGCUUGAUGUUGAUAUUAGUGUAACAUGGUAGUUGUAGUACGGCAUGGGCGUGCAAUCACGGCUUUGUGCUACAUUAAACUCUGGACCUGGAUUUUGGGAGGAUGGUUUCUUGCAUGGACAAGCGAGAUAGAGCAUUAUGCGUUCAAGUGAUAGGAACACUGUUGGGCGGAUCCGCACAUCAAAGCGUCAAUAUCAUGCCGACUGCAUGAAGCCGUCAUAGUGUACGAAUAAGGCUGAC